CCACCAGGGAAGCCAGGACCAGCUGGACCAGAUGGGCCGGCUGGACCGCCAGGAGCGCCGGGAGCCCCAGGACCCGAUGGUGCCUAUUGUCCUUGUCCUCCUAGAAGCGUUGCGCUACAGCAGGCGAAGAGCAUGGCCGUAAGCAGCUAUUCUGCCAGCGGUAAUGACGUUUACAAGCGUUUCGCAAGGGAGCAGCCGAACACGAAACGCACAGAGCAGACGGCUGAACAAAGUUAG